AAAUUAAAAAAGAAGGGAAAAAAAAUGAAGGAAAAAAAGUUGUGACAUCCAACAGCAGCGCUGAAACUCGAUAUACUGAAAAGCAAUGAGCAAAACCCCAACGAUUCUCCACACUCUCUCAGGACUUUCAUCGAACAGGUACAGUUAGUUCACAAACAACACACUCAUCUGAAUCUCCACUCUACGAUGGCCGCCGCCGCCGCCACUGCGGUGUCGCUAUGUUUCCCUUCUUCUUCGUCCUCGAGUUUAUCGCCCCAAAAGCAGAGCACUCUGCUUUUCCCUCCCUUGGGCUCUUCGUCGUCUUGUCUAUUUACGGGCGGCUCCCUCAUCUGGGGCAGUAAGAAGUUUCUGCAAGUUUCGUUAUCCUCUGCCGCACAAUUGGAUAAGAAAAUGUGCGCGCGGAGGUUUAGAAGAGCGGUCGUGGUUGCUGCAGCAGAUUACUAUUCAACUCUUGGAGUGCCGAAAUCUGCUAAUACCAAGGAAAUUAAGGCCGCGUAUCGAAAGUUGGCUAGGCAGUUCCAUCCUGAUGUCAACAAAGAGCCUGGAGCAACCGACAAAUUCAAGGAGAUCAGUGCUGCAUACGAGGUACUAUCAGAUGACAAAAAGAGAGCUUUGUAUGAUCAAUAUGGUGAAGCUGGCGUCAAAAGUACUGUUGGUGGACCUGGUGGUUACACGGCGACCAACCCAUUUGAUCUAUUUGAGGCAUUUUUCGGGUCUAAUAUGGGUGGGUUCGCUGGAAUGGAUGGAUCUGGAUUCGGAGCAUCACGCCGUAGUAGUGUUUCAAAAGGUGAAGAUAUCCGUUAUGAUAUGACAUUGGAAUUUACGGCGGCUAUAUUUGGGGAUGAGAAGGAAUUCGAGCUGUCCCAUCUUGAAACAUGUGAUGUUUGUGCUGGUACUGGAGCAAAAGUAGGUUCCAAGAUGAGGAUAUGCUCAACAUGUGGUGGCAGAGGUCAAGUCAUGAGAACUGAGCAAACACCUUUUGGCAUGUUUUCACAGGUUUCUGUUUGCCCAAGUUGCGGUGGAGAUGGUGAAAUGAUAUCUGAAUCCUGUCGUAAAUGCUCUGGUGCUGGCCGAAUACGAGUUAAAAAAGACAUCAAAGUCAAAAUUCCUCCUGGAGUUAGUAAGGGCAGUAUUCUUCGAGUUUCUGGAGAGGGUGAUGCCGGGCCAAAAGGGGCCCCAGCUGGAGAUCUUUAUGUCUAUCUUGAUAUCGAAGAGAUACCCGAAAUUCAAAGAGAUGGCAUAAAUCUUUAUUCUGUUAUUUCAGUCAGCUAUCUGGAUGCCAUAUUGGGGACUGUUACUAAGGUCAAGACAGUCGAAGGAAUGACGGACCUGCAGAUUCCUCCAGGUACUCAACCUGGAGAUGUGCUCGUUUUGGCAAGAAAAGGUGCACCCAAACUAAACAGGCCAUCGAUACGCGGCGAUCAUUUAUUCACUAUUAAAGUUGCCAUACCAAAGCGUGUCAGUACGGAGGAACGUGAACUACUUGAGGAGCUUUCUUCUCUUGGUAAGGCCCCAGCUAAUCGUUCGAAAACGCGCCCGAAAGUUCAACAACCUGAUGAAAGUACAGAAAGUGAAAAAGGUCCCUUAUCGGAAAAUAACGAUGAAUCGGAAGAUGGAGAAGACUUAUUGACGAAGCUGAAAGAUUUAGCUGGGACUGUUGCAAAUGGAGCUUUAAAAUGGUUCAAAGAUAACCUAUAGUUCUUCGUUGCGGAUUUUGUGGGGGCGUUUCGCUGUUCAGUCGAAUGAUCUUAGGUUCUAGCUGAGAAAUCGGACAAAAAAAAUCUGAUCGGAAUUCUUUGAUUUUUCCAUCCUUCUUUGCUGCUGUAUAUUAUAGCACGAGUUACCACAGAGUUUUCUCGAAUUGUAUUCUUUUGUACCUCGUGAAUCGUUAGACGAGAGGCAAUGUGUAGAAAGUAUUUGAAAAUGCCACCAUAUUUUUAUUUGAUUUUUCAUUGUGUGUCUU